AUGGAGGUUUUAUCCGCUCCACCCUCACUGUCAAAUCAAGACCGACAAACAUCCAAGAGGAGUACACAAAUCACCAACAAGAUAAUCCAUGUAAAUACCAGCACUGACAGCUUGGCUGCAAAGGGUUUCCAGUACACUCCACAUACGCAUGAUGAAGCCAAAAGAGAAGGUGUGCAAAUGACAGCAAGGGAAACGGAAACGGAAGAGAGCUCAAAAUUUGCAAAAACUGAAAUUGAUUACAUGUUAAACGAUAAUAGAGAACCACCAGCGGCCCUUUUGCAUGCAUAUCUUGCCGUACAAGGUAGAAACAUUAAAGAGUGGGUUGGGUAG